AUGGCGCUCAUGCAGAGCACCUCCCCACUCGCGUUCCUCCCUUCCUUGACCAGCAGGAAACAGCAGGUCCGGCCAGAUGCUCAUUUGCCCACCUGUCCUUCUUGGAUAGUUUUCCUCAUCAUGACGCUUCUGAGGCACAUCGACCAUUUUGUACCUCGAGAAACUAACCAGGGACUUGGUCCUUCCACCAGCCCCGGGCUGGCUUAG